UUAAAUUCUCAUCCAUUUCUUUCAGACUCUCUGCUGAAGGAUGGAGGAAAUGUGACCGGGUGAUGUCUUUAACCGACUGUCCUUAAGCAAGCAGUCAUGGUAGAUGUUGGAAAGUGGCCUGUGUUCAGCUUGCUUUCUCCACAGGAAAUUAAAUCGAUUCAUCAAGCCUGUGUCUUUGGUACUUCAGCAACUGAGGCAAUCUACGUCACAAAAAAUGACGAAGUGUUUGCACUUGGGGUAAAUUGCAGUAACUGCCUAGGAAUCGGGGAUGGUCAGAAUGUAGUUACACCAAAGAAAAUAGAAGCUUUGUGUGGGAAGAAAAUAAUUUCUCUCAGUUAUGGAAGUGGACCACAUAUUUUACUUGCAACUAAAGAUGGUGAAACUUAUUCCUGGGGCCUUAACAGUUAUGGCCAGCUGGGCAAUGGAACAACCGGUCCAGGUUCAUUGCCUUUCCUUGUCUCGAGCAUGUUCUAUGAUAAGAAAGUGAUUGAAGUUGCUUGUGGCUCCAAUCACUCUAUGGUCCUAACAACAGAAGGCGAGGUCUACUCUUGGGGUCAUAAUAACUGUGGGCAAGUUGGAUCAGGAUCUACGGCAAGCCAGGCAACACCACGGAGAGUAACAAACUGUUUGCAGAACAAGAGGAUUGUUGCUGUUGCUUGUGGUCAGAUUUACUCCAUGGCUACGUCAGAUAAUGGAGAGGUGUACAGUUGGGGUUACAAUGGCAGUGGUCAACUGGGAACAGGAAUCAGUGGAAACCACCUUACUCCUUGCAGAGUGACUGGGCUACAAGGAAUUUGUGUCCUUCAGAUUGUCUGUGGUUCUGCUCACACACUCGCACUAACAGAUGAGGGCUUGCUAUAUGCCUGGGGAGCAAAUACAUCUGGACAGCUGGGUAUUGGAAAUAAAAUCAAUCAGCUGGUUCCAGUACUGAUCACUGUGGAGAAAGAAAGGAUUGUGGAGAUUGCAGCCUGCCAUUCUACCCACACCUCAGCUGUGAAGACCCAGGGUGGUCAAGUUUACAUGUGGGGACAUUGCCGGGGCCAGCCGGUUACCAUCCCACAUCUCACUCACUUCUCUUGCACAGAUGAUGUGUUUGCCUGCUUUGCCUCUCCAGCAGUUACAUGGCGCUUCCUGUCCAUAGAACAGGAUGAUCACCUGACUGUAGCCCAGUCUCUGCACAAGGAAUUUGACAGCUUGGAAACAUCAGAUUUAAAGUUCUGUGUGGAAGGAAAAUUCAUCCAUGUUCAUAAAGCUGUUCUAAAAAUAAGGUGUGAACAUUUUCGAACUAUGUUUCAAUCCUACUGGAGUGAAGAUGAAAAAGAGGUGAUUGAGAUUGAUCAGUUCAGCUAUUCAGUGUAUCGUGCCUUUCUAGAAUACUUGUACACAGACUGUGUCAAUCUUCCUCCUGAGGAUGCAAUAGGGCUUCUGGAUCUGGCUACUUCUUACUGUGAAACCAAAGUGAAGAAACUAUGCCAAGAGAUCAUUAAAAGGGGAAUUACUGUGGAGAAUGCUUUCCUAUUGCUGUCAGCAGCAGUCCGUUAUGAUGCAAAGGGUUUAGAAGAGUUUUGCUUCAAAUUUUGUAUGAAUCACUUGACUGCAGUCACUGACACUGAUGCAUUUUGGCAAAUGGAUGGAGCUCUCUUGAAAGAAUUCAUUGUAAAAGCAAGCAAGUGUGGAGCUUUCAGAAACUGAACUUAUGGGGUAGACAUAUUCCUGCGACAUUACAAAUGAAACUUUCCCCUAUUAAUGGGAAAUCGAUCUAAUUUUGAUGGAAUAUUCCCACUCACUCAUCUCUAACUUGUACUAUUGCCAGUCUGAUUUGUAAACAGUGGGAUGGUCAUCAAAUUUCAACAAUAUAGUUGACUUGUUCAAUGUAUUUGAAAAGACUGGACUACAAUUGUAGCUCAUUUCUUGACUGCACUUAGUUUCCUAGAUGUAAAUUUCUGAUCACCUUUGCAGCAAGUAAAUGUUAUAAUUUUAUUAUAUGAUCAUGUACAUAGUUCUUACUAAAUUACUGUCAUAGCAAACUGAGUUGUUCCUUAUUUUGGUAAUUGUGAGGUAAUGACUCUCACAUUAUGAAUUUGGGAUAUACCUUGCUGCCAAACUUGUCAAAUGGAACCACAUUUCUGUUAAGCCUUUUGAGAAAAAUUUGUGACAUGGCCUGGGCUGUAAAUUCCUUAUUUUUUUAAUAGAAUCUUUUCAAAUUUCAAUGGAUAGAAUGCCAAGGGUCCAUUUUUGUUGGUGGGUUUUGAUUAUACCUUGUGUAAAUGUAGGAAUUUCUCACAUCAAACUGUAUCCUUGCAACUCCUGUUCCAGAUUUUUUCCAAGAUAUUGGGAAUACUUUAGUUUGUUUACCUGCUAUUAAGUCUUAUUAUCAACAACUUGUAGGGAAGAAAAUGAUCAAAAAUCACUUCAUAUUAGUGAGAUUGAAUUCAUUUUUUCAAAAGGCCAUUCAAAUAGUGCCGGUUACUAAUAUGAUAAAGUUGCUUUGUGAAUUUAUUUGCCCUACUACCACAUUAUUAUUAAACUCUACAAGUUGAUAUUUUAAAAAAAACACUUCUGGACUUUUUUUCAAAUAUUGGAGCACUAGCCUAGAACACGAGCAAAGCUGCUACCAUUAUUCCUUUUGUAAUUCAGAGGUUAACUCUUCGAUCACCCUGACUUUUCUUGUCAGUACUAUGUUUGUGCACAAAGUUGCAGAAAAGUUCAUAUUUUGUGCUGGCAUCAAAUAUUCCAAGCACAAAUCUAUUUCCAAUUUUCUGGAUGCUACUCUUUGUGAAUCAAGUGGGAUAUUUGACUGUCCCAAUUUGCUGUUCAAUACACUGCAAAAUAAUGCACACUGUGUGUAACCUUGCUGGUUUUUAAGGGAAAAACUGCUUGGAGUUAAUCUCCCAUGCAUGCCAUCUAAAGCUGCAGACAAUUAUUGUUUAUGUAGUAUUACAAAGUCUUUACUGCUUUCUCCACACAUAAUGUCUCAAUUAGCUAUAUUCCUAACCACGAAAAGGGAAGGUGGAUACCUGUUUAGUUUUUUUUUGAGCCAAGUCGACACAAAGAAAGGAAUACAGAAGCGCACAGUUCUAGCAGCAGCAGUCUUGCAUGAGCAACAGAAUCUAGGGUGAUAUUUCUCUGAUUAUGGUCAAUGCUUAUUUUACACAAAGGCUUGAUUUUUUUUUUCCCAGGUUGUUACUUACCCUUCUGUAUUUGAGACCACUGUUAUCCAACUCACCAGUACUGAUGUGCUCAGUUUUCCAGGUGCUUUUAUGACCCCCAUCGUAAACAUGUUGACAACAUUGUGUACCUUGUGCUUCAGACAAAGUGAUAUGAUAGUCUAAGGAGCAUCUCGUUGGGAACAUAAAAACACAGCUGGCUCAACACAAUUUUUGCUUAGAGGCAAAUAAAUCAGAGGGAAUUGAUGUUUGACUGUGUCCUGAUCCUUAAUUUUAGUGAACAGAUUCACCCUGGCACACACAGACUUCCAUCAUAGAUACUGCUUAAAGAGUACCUUUGGUAAGUGGGUGUGAUUUAAAUUUAGUACAAUUAUUCAGACUAAGUGUGUUUCAGAAUGUCAGCCACUUAAAUAGUGCCAAAAUAUGACUGUUCUAAUAUGGGAAAUGUAGGACAAGACAAACAGCAGAAACAAAUUCCACUGGUGUUCUGUGAAUGACCUGAGCUUUCCACGGAUCUAUUUACUGUUUAAUCCAGUUUUUCAUAACUGGAACUGACAAAUGAAGCAGGCACAUUAAAAGUUUUGUGUGUCCAGAUAUAUGGAAGGUGCUCAGUUUACCUUCAGGAGAAAAUGGAUAAUUUGUACAUACAGUUAUCAUAUUCUUCAAAGUUGUGCAUUGAUGACAUGGAAAUCACAUCUGAAAGUUUAGUGCAAUGAUUGUAGUGAAAUCUGGUACCUUAGGAAAGAAAUAAACAAUUGCUCGUAUUGA